CUAUAUAUUCAUAUGGAGAUUGGACAAGGACCAACACUAAACCGCCUUGCAUUUAAAUAAAAACAUUCAAGCUCAGCUAUACACAAUUUCUUCCCUCACUGAAACAGGUGAUAUCAAUAGCAGAGAUGAUGACUCAACUGGGCUCAGCCGUAGCUGGCUUGAUGUUCAUCGGAGCAAUAUUUCGCGAUCAUUUCCCUCCUCAAAUCGUAGGCUUCAUCAGACGGUACUUUCAUCGAUGGCUGAAUCUGUUCAAUCCAUAUAUCCAAAUCACAUUCCCCGAACUCGCUGGAGAACGUCUUAAGCGUAGCGAGGCAUACAGUCUGAUUGAAAGCUAUCUUAGUGCCAACUCAACCCUGCACGCCAAACGUCUCAAAGCUGAUGAUGUUAAAGAGAGCAAGUCUAUAAUACUAAGCAUGGAUGAUCAGGAAGAGGUCGUCGAUGAAUUCAAUGGCAUCAAGGUCUGGUGGAUUUCAAUAAGAAAUGUUACCAAAACACAAUCAUUUUCUUUCUAUCCUGCUUCAGAAGAGAAGAGGUAUUACAAGCUCACAUUCCACAAACGCGACAGAGAAGUCAUCACAGGAUCAUAUAUUGAUCAUGUGCUGACAGAAGGCAAGGCUACGGUGGCCAAAAAUAGGCAGAGAAAGCUAUUUACUAACAAUCCUAGCGAGAAUUGGAGAUAUUACAUGGCAAAUAAAUGGAGUCAUGUAGUGUUCGAGCACCCUGCGUCGUUUGAUACUCUGGCAAUGGAGGAGAAGAAGAAAGAAGAGAUCAAGAAGGACCUUAUCAAGUUCAGUCAGAGCAAAGACUACUACACGAAAAUUGGUAAGGCGUGGAAGCGUGGUUAUCUCCUAUAUGGUCCUCCAGGGACAGGCAAAUCAACCAUGAUCACAGCCAUGGCUAAUUUGUUGAAUUAUGAUGUCUAUGACCUUGAGUUGACGACGGUCAAGGAUAAUACAGAGCUUAAAAGGCUAUUUAUGGAGACCACAAACAAGUCUAUCAUUGUGAUCGAGGACAUUGAUUGCUCGCUCGAUCUCACAGGACAAAGAAAGGAGAAAGAGAAGAAGAAGGAUAAGGAUCAAGAAAACAAGGAACCAAAUCCUCAGAAGGAAAAAGAGAAAGAGGAGAGGAAGAGUAAGGUCACUUUGUCUGGCCUUUUGAACUUCAUUGAUGGACUUUGGUCUGCUUGUGGUGGUGAAAGAAUCAUCAUCUUCACAACUAAUUAUGUGGACAAGCUUGAUCCUGCUUUAAUUAGGAGGGGAAGGAUGGACAAGCAUAUAGAGAUGUCUUAUUGUUGCUUUGAAGCUUUCAAGUUGCUUGCAAAGAACUACUUGGACAUUGAGUCACACGACUUGUUUCCUACAAUUGCAAGAUUAUUUGAAGAGACCAAGAUGACUCCUGCUGAUGUUGCUGAGAAUUUGAUGCCCAAGUCUGUGGAUGAAGAUGUGGAAAUUUGUUUGAACAGAUUGAUUGAAGCUAUGGAAGUUGCAAAGGAGGAGGAGGCAAGAAAAAAAUCUGAAGAAGCAGCGCUGUUGAAGGUCGAGAAUGAGAGGUUAGCAUCUACGAAGGAAGACGUGAAAGAUAGUGAAGUAUCAGUUAAGGAAGUGAAGGAAAAUGGGGUGCUUGACAAAGAAGUAUCAGUUAAAGAAGGGAAUGGGAAUGGGAAUGGGAUCACUCACUAGGGUUAGAAUGAGCUGAGAUGACAUAUAUUGAAGUGAAUUAGCAUGUGGAGUUUAAUUAUUUGUAUAAUAACUGUUUGCUGUAAAUCGGUUACGACGAUUUGGGCUUCAGGCAAUUGCCAUGGGAUAUUGUUGGCAUAAAUUCUCUGUAAACUAUAAGAGCUCUGUUUAGUUCAUCUGGAAUUGAAGAGAAGUUGUACCUCAUAUUAAUUGUUUUCAAAUUAUACUAGACCUGCAAUAAGAUGUUCUUUAAUACAA